AUGACUACUCAGCCUUCAGUCCCUUUGAAUCAAGGGGCUGCACAUGCCUCUAUCAACGCGACCAAGGAGAUUGCUAUUCCUCAUCUCUUGCUCGCUGCUACCCCCUUCGCCAACGGUGGAGGUGACGAGCACAUCAUCCCCGACGGCAAGUUCAAGAAUCGUCGAGUUGGGAGGGGAACAAGAAACGAGAUUUACGGCUCUGCAAGAUACGGAAGUGGGUACGGCCACUACACUGAGACGGAUAACGGAUGGAAAUAUGAACCCGACACGGCUAACUUCAAUGUCACCGGUCGUGACUUUCACUUUGGGUUCCCACCAAUAAGCUGGGGGAACUAUAGUGGAGGGUUCGAUUACUUCUGGGUCCGCCGUGACGACCUCCCAGGUGCCGCUUUCGUUGGUACAUUCCGUCCUUACCCGUACGACGAACCUUCACAACAAGGGGCUAUCAUUGCGAAGAAGAAUGACCAAACAUGGAUCUUUGUGGCUGAUGCUGCCACGGUUAACAUACUCUUUGAUGUUCUUCGCCUGCCCGAGCAACAAGGUGGCUGCGCUUUGGAUGAGAGUUCAGCCAAAGUAACUACGAGGGUUUCCUACGAUCCACUCAAUCCAGACCCGGAAAGCAACGUAUCAAUUUUCCAGCAGGACAUCCCGAUUCCGCCUUAUAUCUUCCACUUGCAACCAUGGAACGUAGUACAGUACUAUCGAGGGAGCUCAGCAUUUCUGGCCAACAGCUCCUACGACAACGAGUACGCUCAUCAACGCAGUAACAACACCGACUAUUGGAAGGCCACACCACUGAACACCACGGGUCUCGAUUCAGCCUUUCUCAACUGCCUCAAUACAACCAUUGCAGCCACAAUUCCCAUCAUCGAUCCCACAUUCGUCGUCAGGGCCCCCAAGGGCAAGCUGUCCUCGGGCCAAAUUGCUGGUAUUGCGGUGGGAAGCGUCAUGGGAGCGCUCUUGCUGGUUGGUUUUCUCGUAUGGCUAUUCAUCCGAAGACGCCGUGCGCACAAUACUUAUAAUGCCGUUUCCAAAGGAGACGCUCCGCCCUCUCACUCGAGUAGUUCCUAA